CUCUUGGUAUAAAGUUUGGGCUAUUGGUGGAAAAAGAAGAGAAAGCACAACACAUGAUAAUCUUCUAUGCAAGUGUCGAGUGAUGUACUGUGUACAUAAGACGACAAUGGGAGUGAAGGCGACGCUGAUGCAACUGACCGUGCUGUUGUUGAUGGCGUUAGCAGCAGCUGACCAAGCCCUGCCCGGCUGCCCGAGCACUUGCGGAAGCGUUUCAGUUCCGUAUCCCUUUGGCAUAGGCGUGUCAUCUGUCAACGGCAAAAACUGUUUCUUGGAGAGAAAUCUGAACCUCACCUGCAAGGGUUCCACUUUAUACACCGGUAAUGUGGAGGUUAUGAAUAUAGACAACAUCAAAGGUCAAAUGGACCUGAAUUUCUUCGUCGCCAACGUUUGUAAAGUGGGAUACGAUAACGAAUCAACAAAAGGUAACAAACCCAGACUCAAAACCGCGGCUUUUACCAUCUCUAGUACGGACAACAAGUUCGUAAGCGUGGGUUGCGACACUUACGGCUAUCUCAACAAUUUCUUCAACCAAAAGCGAUACAGUACCGGAUGCGUGACAACAUGCGACAGCGAAGAGGACAUGUUAAGCAUGCAGGGUAAUGGAAGCUGCACGGGGAUUGGGUGCUGCCACGUGGACAUACCUCCUGGUAUGAAGAACAUUAGCAUACGAGCAUUCAGCUUUAGCAAUUUCAAUUCCUCGUCCGACUUCAACAACUGCAGCUACUCCUUUGUUGUCAAAAAUCGAAACUACAAUUUCUCGAUGGAUCACUUAAAACAUCCACCCUUCCAUGAUGGCAAGGCUCCCAUGGUCGUUGAUUGGACUAUUGGAAAAAGCACGUGUGAAAUUUCAGAGGGUAAAUCCAACUACGCGUGUAAGAGUAACAGCGAGUGUGAGAACUCCACCACUGGAUCUGGUUACCGAUGCAAAUGUAAGGAAGGCUACGACGGGAACCCAUACCUUACGGAAGGUUGCAAAGAUAUCGACGAAUGCGCGACAAAAAAACAUGAUUGCACAAGUGACAAAAAUUGUCGUAACGAGUACGGACAUUUCACAUGUUUCUGUCGUAAGUGGCAAUCCGGAAAUGGAAGAAGGGAAGGGGGCUGCCACGUACGUACCAUGGUUGUAGUUGGAGUGGGAAUAGGAUUUAUCAUUCCUCUGGUAGGGAUUGGCAUGCUGUACUUAACAUACCAGAAAAGGAAACUCAAAAAACUAAAGGAGAAAUUCUUUCAGCAGAAUGGCGGCUUGAUUUUGCUACAAAAACUCUCUAGAAGAGAAAAUACUUCGCAAACCACUCAAAUUUUCACAGAUGAACAACUAAAGAAGGCCACCAACGACUUUGAUGAGAGCAAAAUCAUUGGCAAUGGAGGUUAUGGUACAGUUUUCAAAGGGAUUCUAGAUGAUAACAAAAUUGUAGCAAUCAAGAAGUCCAAAAAAGUUGAUGGGAGCCAAAAGGAACAGUUCAUUAAUGAGGUGAUUGUUUUAUCCCAAAUCAAUCAUAGGAAUGUGGUCAAACUCUUGGGAUGUUGUUUAGAGACAGAAAUUCCUUUAUUAGUGUAUGAAUUUGUUGAAAAUGGUACCCUUUUUGAUUUUAUACACACCCAAAGAAAGAUAAAUAGUGAAACUUGGGAAACUCGUCUAAAGAUAGCAUCAGAUGUAGCUGAAGCUCUAUCACAUCUACACACUGGAGUCUCAAUACCCAUUAUCCAUAGAGAUGUCAAGACUGCUAACAUUCUCUUGGAUAAAAAUUACACUGGGAAAGUUUCUGAUUUUGGAGCUUCAAAAUUAAUUCCACUUAAUCAAACUGAAUUGGCCACAAUGGUGCAAGGAACUAUUGGUUACCUGGACCCCGAGUACAUGCUUACAAGCCAACUAACCGAGAAAAGUGAUGUUUAUAGCUUUGGGGUGGUUCUUAUAGAGCUGUUAACAGGGGAGGUACCACAUUCUUUUGGAAGGCUUCAGGAGAAAAGAAGUCUUGCUAACCACUUUCUAUCUUUCUUGAGAAAUAAUAGGUUAUCUGAUGUUGUUCAAUUUGGCAUUGAGAAAGAAGAAAAUAAUAAAGAUAUUAUGGAGGUUGCUAUUCUUGCUGCAAAGUGCUUGAGAGUUGAAGGGGAGAAAAGGCCUAGCAUGAAGGAAGUGGCAAUGGAGUUGGAGAGAAUAAGGCUAAAGGAGAAGCAUCCAUGGACUAAUACUGACCAAAAUCUGGAGGAGACCCAACACUUGCUUUACGAGACAUCAUCCAACAUUUAUGAGACUGGUAACAGCAGCAACCAUCAAUAUUCUGGGUAUGACAGCAUGAAGGAUCAUGCACUAGUUGCCUUGGAUGCUGGACGGUGAUUAUAGCAUAGCGGCAUAAACUCCAUUAAUUUUAUACCAAAGUUCUGUCACAACCUUUUGUAAUCAUUAUGAAAAAUCCAAUUAAUUAUUACAAUGAGUGUGUAUUUGUGUUUUA